AUGGACUCUUUAUCUGACGAACAGCGAAGUGUGCUCGACGAGUUUGUGGCAAUCACGAACGUAUCGCUUGAUGACGAAGACAAGGCUGAUAAGAGCGUUAUCUUGCUUCAAAACCAUAGCUUCAACUUGAACAAUGCUGUUCUUUCAUACUUUGAGAAUGGUCUAGAUAACGUGCAAAGAAACCCUAGUCCAAUAGAGGAACCUAUACCGCUGGACCUGCUGGCCUCAGGAUUCGAGCGCUUUGAGUCGGCAGCUGUGCAUCGGAAUCUUCAUGAUGAGUUUGCUUUAGACGAUUUGUUGCCAAAACUACCCAAGGCUCCAAAGGUGAGUAAUCACUGGCAGUUCGAUCUAGGUAUUCAUAUGUCUAAAAAAGCAUUUGCAAACAACGAAAAGGCUGGAGAAAGCAGUUCUCCUCUGGAUACUUCUUCUCGCAAGCCUUCCAUCCUAUGGAUCAUACUUUUAAUCAUACCCCGGGCAUUUUCUAUGCUCUUUUCUUUCUUAAAGUUCAUGUUAGGAUGGAACACGUCCCCACUAUACAAGACUCUUCCGAGCCUGUUUAACUGGGACAAAUAUGAUGAAGAUUAUGAUGUCGUUAGCAAUGCAGAAGGAAUCAAUCGUGAAGAGCUCCACAUAAGGACCGCUGAGUUUAACAAGUGCCACGAGGAGAGUCAAAAGGACUUCAAGUUUCUUACAACCAUCUUGGUGGACGAUUCAUCCAUUGCAUUUGUCCGCAAUCUCCUCCAAUCCCCUCAUUUGAAACUGCUAUUAGAGGAAUGCCCGGACCAUGAGAUCUACGUGGCGAACAUUAACAAAAAUCCUGAGGCCUUCGAGGUGGCCCAAACUUACAGAGUGAGAAGGCUUCCAUACGUAAUGCUUCUUGGAAAUGUUACAAGAAAUCCACAGGUGAUGUCAUCCAUGUCGAUUAUUUACAAAUCUAAUCUUUUGUACGAUAGUGAAGAUGAAAACCAGCAGCUUGUGGAUAAAGUCAUCCGUAACUUGAAAAAGAGCGUCACCCAUUACAAUCCACAGCUUGUCUCAAAGCGUUAUGAUAAACAAGAAAUGGAAUUGAGUCGACUUCUUAAGGAGAAGCAAGACGAAGCGUACUUGGAAUCACUUGCGCAAGAUAGAGAGAAGAAACAAGAAAAGCAAAGAAAGCAAGAAGAGGAGCAGCUGAAGAAAGAAUUAGAAGAGAUAAGAACAAGAUUCAUUCACACCUUGAUCAAAAGCAACUGGUUCGAAGAGCAAAUUAAAAGCAUAGCUCCCAAGGAGCUGGUCAGAGUAUCGUUAAAGAUUCCAGAUGGCCGCCGUGUGAUUCAAAAAUUCCCAAAAGCAGUUCCAGUGGUAGCUUUAUACUUAUUCGUUGAAACGCAGCUAUUCCAGCAGCCUGAAGAGGGUGAGGUUGAAGAGUCUGAGUUGACAAUUGAGGAGUUCUGCAAGCAGUUCGACUUCAAUUUCGAGUUGUUCAAGCCUUUCCCUAAAGCUGUUUUACCAUGCAGCCAACAGACCAUUGAAGAAUACAACGAAUUAAAGCUGGGAGACAAUAUCAUGGUGGAGUAUCUUGGUGGUGAAAGUGACGAAGACGAAGAUGGAGAGGAGUAG